AUUGUUGGUGGUUGGUUGGUGUUCCUCAGUGUCAUUUUAGUCCAGCUUCUGUGUUUUUCUUUAGUUUUAGUAGUAAUGAAUAUAUUUUUUACAAGUAUUUUAGUGGAAGAAACAACAGUGACAAUAAUGCGUGCCGAACCUUUUAUACCAGAUUAAUUGGCGUCUUUGAGUCACCACGGCUUCUCCGCGGCAGUUGAUCAGGGGCGAUGGAGGUCGGUGCCCGGGCCCUGGACGUGCUGCCGCUGCUGCAGGAGCGGGUGGCGGCGCUGCCGGGCGGGCGAGACCGCCGCGGCGGGCCCAUCAUCUGGUUCCCGGCCAACUCGCGCCGAGACCGCGUCGCGCCAGAUGACUACAGGCGGCUGCUGCACUAUCUCACCAGUAUUCCUAGCGACUCGGUCAGGUCCCACGGCUUCACAAUACUAAUAGACAUGCGCGGCUCAGCUUGGGCCGCCAUCAAGCCGAUCCUGAAAGUGCUGCAGGAGCACUUCUCGUCCUCCGUGCAGCAGGCCCUGGUCGUCAAGCCUGAUAACUUCUGGCAGAAGCAGCGCACCACUAUAGGAGCACAUAAGUACAAGUUUGAUACUACCAUGAUUAGUUUAGAAGCACUGCCCAAAGUGAUAGAUAGUUCGCAAGUGCCUACAGAUUUGGACGGAACUCUACAAUACGACCAUGCACAGUGGAUCGACUUGAGACUGGCCUUAGAAGACCUGAUGUGGCAAGCGGGCGAGUUGUUAGACCGCCUGGACGACUUGCAAGAGGACGUCGCACGCGCAGACUUCGCCGAUGACGUCACCGGUGCGCGCAGAGCUAUCGACGCCCACGCUGAUAUUAGCAAACGGUUGGCCAAGGUCCCUGUGGAUGAAUUGGAGGCUCAGGGUGAGCGUGUGGUCCAGAGGCUAGAAGCAGCGGAGGCGGCGUGCGCAGAAGCGAGCGGCAGCGGCGGCGACGCGGCCGCGUUCCAUUGCGGCUCGGCGAGCGGCGUGCGCGCACAGCUCGCCGCCGUGCGGAGUGCGCACGCGCACGCACACAAACUCUGGCAGCAUAAGAAAAUGCAGCUCGAUCAGUGCUUUCAGCUGAGGCUGUUCGAGCAGGAUUGUGAGAAGAUGCUGGAAUGGAUCGUGAACCACCGCACAGCGUUCCUCGCGACUUACGUUGAGAUCGGAAGGUCUUGUACGGCGGCGAAGCGGCUACAGGAGGAGCAUGCUAGAUUCGCAGCAGCGUGCACGGGCGGCGGGCGGCCGAGCGUGGCGCGCGUGACGACGGCGGCGCGCCGACUCGCGGACAAGAGGCAUUACGCUGAGGCGCACAUCACGCAGCUGGCGCACCGGCUCGAGCGGGCCUACAAACAACUAUCCGCUGGGCUGGAAGAGCGUUCGGCCGUGCUGUCUCUGUCUGUGGUGUUUCACCACAAGGCGGAGGCGUACGUGUCGGCGGUGAGCGGGUGGGGGGCGCAGUGUGCGGUGGCGCUGCAGCUGGCCACGGGGCAAGGGGGCGCCGCGCCCUGCGCCGACCCCAGGCUGCUGGAGCAACACGCCCAGCGCCAUCGGCAGCUGUACGAGCAUAUGUGUCAAGCUUACACCGAGGUCCAUUCUACAAGUAAAAAGCUGCUGUAUCAACUCGACCACUUGGUGCAAGUUUGCCAUCAAACAGAUCCCGCUGAUAUGAGCGAAGGUUCAGUGAGCGCAGCGAGCAGCAGCGGCGGCGACCCCGCGGCGGACUACAGCUCGGGCGCGAGCCACGUGCUGGCGGUGAUCCAGCAGAUCCUGGGCCACCACCGCGCGCUCGAGGCCCGCUACCACCAGGCGCGGGUCAAGCUGCACCAGCGCCUCGCUCUGCUGCUCUACAAGGAGGACUGCCGGCAGGUGUUGGAAUGGCUGGCGAAUCACGGCGAGGUGUUUCUACAGAAGAACACUGGAAUAGGAAGGAAUCUCCACAAGGCUAGGGUGUACCAGAAAUCUCAUGAACACUUCGAAAACGUUGCACAGAACACCUACACGAACGCCCAGAAGCUUCUAGCGGCCGCGGAAGAACUCGCGAGAUCUGGGGAGUGCGACCCCGAAGAAGUGUUGGGAGUGGCGCGGGAGUUGGACUCGCAUGUGGCAGCGUUCGCGAGCAGAGUCGACAGGAGAAGAAGAAGAUUGGAUUUGGCUGUGUUACUCUACUCACAUGAGAAAGAUUUGCUUCAAUGGCUGGAGACGUUGCGUAGCGGCGGCGGCGUGUGCGCAUCGGAUGACAGCCCGGAGGCGGCGCGUCGUGCGCUGGAGCAGUGCGCGCAGCAUCGCGCCGCCGCGCUCGACGCCUGCGCACAGACCACCGCGCACGGGGAAGCGCUGCUGCAGGAGCUCAGAUCAUCAGGCGAUACGGAGGCGGCCAGCACGGCAGCGGUGGAGAGCACGCUGGAGCGGCUGCGGAACACGCGCGGAGCCCUGGAGGAGCUGUGGAGCGACCGGGAACGCAGACUGGAGCUCACGCUGCAGCUUAGGCAUUUUGAGCGGGACGCGCUCGAGGUGUCCUCCCGCUUGGAGCUCUGGGGCGACGAGCUGCAGCACCUGGAGCCGCCGCGCGAGCCGCAGCAGGCGGAGCAGGCGCUGUGUGCGCACAAUGACAGCGUCGCCAGGAUGCAGCACGCUACCUACCAGGUAGUGCAACAAGGACAGGAGCUAGCGCAAGCGAUAGCCGAGGCGGCAGACGUGAUGGCUACCAGCGGUUCCGAGGGAUCCGAAGCCCCCCUGGAUCCCCAGGCCAGGGUGCAGCUGCUGCUGGAGUUCCUCCACGACCGGCAGCUGGACCUGGAGGAGCUGGCGGAAGAACGACGAGCGAGAUUCGAGCAAUGCGUGCAACUGGGUCAAUUCCAAAAAGACGCAGCGCAAGUAGUGAGCUGGAUCCGCAACGGAGAGGCCAUGCUGGCGGCGUCCUUCUCCAUCCCCGGGACUUUAGCGGAGGCCGAGCAGCUUAAGAGGGAGCACGACCAGUUCCAGGUGGCUGUGGAGAAAACCCACGCCAGCGCCGUUCAGGUCAAAUACAGGGCUGAUGCGCUGAGAGCCGCCAACCAUUACGAUCCACACACUAUACGAGAAAUAUCAGAAGAAGUGACUGAACGUUGGCAGCGACUGGUCACUUGCGCGGAAGAGCGUCACAAGCUGGUGACGGCGUCGCUCAACUUCUACAAGACGGCGGAACAGGUGUGCUCCGUGCUGGACUCUCUGGAGAGGGAAUACCGGCGGGACGAGGACUGGUGUGGCUCUGCGGCCGCUCCUAAUGACGAACCCGCUUUGAAUAGUGCCGACAAGGCCGCUCAGGUGGCAGCACUGAUAGUGAAGCACGGCGAGCAAAAAGAAGCAUUCCUCAAAGCCUGCACCCUGGCCCGAAGGACCGCCGAAACAUUCCUCAAAUACGCCGCGAGAUCCGCCCAGGUCCACGGCCAAACCGCAGCUGCGAGUAAAGCUCACCACGACCAGACUAGAGCUAUACUUGAUACCCUGUUGGCUCAGGAGAAUAAGGUCCUAGAGCAUUGGACAGUCCGCAAGAAGCGCUUGGAGCAAUGCCAACAGUUCGCGUUGUUUGAGCGUUCUGCGCGCGCAGCAGUGGAAUGGAUCAGGGAGACACAGGAGCGCUGCGGUGCGGCGGCGGCGGCGGCCGCGGCGGGCGUGGCCCGGGAGUCCCGGGAACGAGUGCGGCUGCUGGCGCAGCUGGCUGACGGGCUGGUGGAGAAGGGGCACCCACAUGCUGUCCAGAUUAAAGAGUGGGUGGCUGCUGUUGACGCCAGAUAUGCCGAAUUUAGCGGUUCUAUGGAGGGCGGCGAGAGCGAGGCGGAGAGCGACUCGGGCGUCGCCCCGUCCUUGUCAUCAUCGCAAGCCGAACAUGAACGAACAGAGCCGAACACGGCUGCUGGCGAUGACAAACGACGCAGCGCUAGGAGAAAAGAAUUCAUAAUGGCAGAGCUGCUGCAGACCGAGCGCGCGUACGUGAAGGAUCUGGAGACGUGCAUCACGUGCUACCUGCGGGAGAUGCGCGCGGACCCGGGUGGCGUGCCUCCUGCGCUGCAUGGCAAGGAGGACAUAAUCUUCGGUAACAUCGAGGAGAUCCACCGCUUCCACGAGCGCGUGUUCCUACGCGAGCUGGACAAAUACGAGACGAUGCCCGAGGACGUGGGCCACUGCUUCGUGACGUGGGCCCGAGAGUUCGACAUGUACGUCGCGUACUGCCGGAACAAACCUGACUCCAACGCGGCCGUCGUCCAGCAUGCUGGCGACUACUUCGAGAGGGUACAACGAAAGAGGAAGCUAGAACACCCGCUGGCAGCGUACCUGAUCAAGCCUGUGCAGAGGAUCACCAAGUACCAGCUGCUCCUCAAGGACCUGCAGGCUUGCUGCGCCGAGGGACAGGGCGAGAUCAAGGACGGUCUGGAAGUGAUGCUGUCAGUGCCCAAGAAGGCCAACGACGCGAUGCACUUGUCCCUCCUGGAAGGCUGUGACGUCCCCACCGACAGCCUGGGGGAAGUGGUCCUGCAGGACUCCUUCCACGUGUGGGACCUCCGCCAGAUCAUCAAGAAGGGCCGCGAGCGGCGCGUCUUCCUCUUCGACCUGCAUCUGCUGCUAGCUAAGGAAGUCAAGGAUUCACACGGCAAGGCGAAGUAUAUCUACAAGACCAAGUUCAUGACUUCCGAACUGGGCGUGACUGAGCACAUAGAAGGAGAUGAGUGCAAGUUCUCAGUGUGGACCGGGCGGGAGCCGAUGGCCAGCGACUGCCGCAUCGUGCUGAAGGCGCCCUCGCUCGAGGUCAAGCAGACCUGGGUGCGGCGGCUGCGGGAGGUCAUCCAGGAAACGUACUUCAGCGGCGCCCUACAGCAGCCUCCGCGCAGCCCACCGCGCGUGCGCCCCACGAGCUCGCAACGCUCCAGCAGGGACCUAGAGGAGACCUUACUAGACGAGACAACUGAAAAUUUGGACAGAAACUCCCUCGCUUCCUUCGGCAGCGGCAACACCACUGACUCCGAUAAGGCGGGUCCAGAAAUGACAUGGGUGGUGUCCGAGCAUACGGCGUCCGCCGCCGGCGAGCUGUCGGUCAGCAAGGGGCAGCAGGUGGAAGUGGUGGAGCCCUGGGCCGGGCGGGCUGACUGGUGGGUGGUGCGCGUGCCCGGGGAGCCCCCGGCCGAGGGCGCGGUGCCCGCGGCCGUGUUGAAGCCCCAGCCGCAGCAGAAGACUUCGCCAUCUAGGAGGCCGUUGAGCCAGCCCUGCGAGGAGGCUUUAGAAGCGACAAACUCAGAUCCCGGCAACACUGUGAGCGCAGCCAGCCCUGGCAAGCAACGCAGAGGUUUCAGUGGACGGCGAUGGCUAGGCCUCCGCAAGCCGUCACAGGGCAAAGAGAAGGCCCCCAGUGGGGCGCAGUCCCCGGCCACCGCGGAGAAGCCAGCUCCACUCAAGAAGGUGCCAUCCGAUAAGAAAAUAAAGUUGCCGUACACCGGGGACAAUGGCCGAGUGGAGGAAGGCGAGUGCAGCCACAGCGCAGCGCUAGACGAGGUGGAAGAUGAUGCAGCAGAUCUGGAGCUGCCGCCGCCUAUGAAGCCUCUACAGGAUCCGCAGUCAGUACUGCAACAGGCGCCUACACCAGCCGCCGCCGCCUCCGCCCCCACCACUCGGAACUCAUUGGCCCUGGACGCCUUGGAUGCCAAUAGCGGCCCCGCCGAUAUCGCGGAAAUUGAGCAAAUUGUAAAGGAAAAGAUGGAACAGCAUGGCGGUGCCAGCUCUUCGGGCAGGGGGGGAGACAACGAGGAGGAGGCUCCCCCCACCCCCGGCCCCAACACCGACGAGGCCGUGCUCAAGAAGAGGGAGUACGUCCUGAAGGAGCUCGUGGACACUGAGGAGAUCUACGUCAACGAUUUGAAGAUGGUCUGCGAAGGAUACAUACGGCACAUGCAGGAUCCGAACGCAGUGCCCCCUCUGCCGGAGGGGCUCCGCGACGGCCGCCAUCGCAUGAUCUUCAGCAACAUCGAGGCCAUCUACGAGUUCCAUCGCGACAAAUUCCUGCGCGACUUGCGCGGAUGCGUGGAAUCCCCCGAGCUGCUGGGAGACCUAUUCCACCGGUUCCUGGAGAAGAGGAUGUUCCUCUAUGAGGCGUACUGCCGCAAGAAGCCGGUGUCCGAGUACAUCGUGGCUGAACACGAGCAUUACUUCCAAGAGCUCAGACAUAAAUUCGAACAUCGGCUGCAGUUGGCCGAUCUGCUAAUCAAGCCGAUCCAGCGCAUCCAGAAGUACCAUCUGCUGGUGAAGAAGAUCUACUCGUAUUCGGAGAGUGCUCAUGCCGCGCCGGCCGUCCUCGCCGCCCUGCGCGACGCCGUGCACUACACUGACGUCAUCCCGAAGAAUGCCAACAACAUGAUGGAUGUCGGCAGACUCCAAGGCUUUACGGGAAACAUAACGGCCCAGGGCAAGCUGCUCUUGCAGGAGCCCCUGCUUGUAUCGGAAGUGACCAAUGGGGGGGAGGGCAAGGCUCGGGAGCUGCACGUGUUCCUCUUUGAGCAAUGCGUCAUCUUCGCUGAUGCUGUUGGGAAGAAGAGUCAGUUCGUCAGCCAGACCUACAAUUACAGAGCUCACGUGCAGGUCAACAAAAUGGACCUGGAAGAGUUAGACAGCACCGGCGCUUUUAUGCUACACUCUGUGGACCCGAACAAGCCGAAACAAUCGUUCGUGUGCCGCGCGCCGGACGCCCGCCGGCAGGAGUGGAUUUCCACGUUGUCCAGGAUAUUGCAGUCUCAGAGGAUCUUCGGGGAAGCCCUAGAGAACCCUGGGGCAUACCUGCGCGAGCUGCACCGCGACGCCCGCGACCCAGCCGCCGAGGGUUGGUGCGGGCUGCGUAAGACAGAGAGCGUGCCGCCGGGCUUGGGCGGGCGUUUGACCGCGGAACUGCGCGCUCGAACGCAGCGUCCGCACGCCAAAGCUAACACAAUCAAUCUACCGACGACUACGAUCCGCGCGGACGAGCGUGCGACCGCCAGUGUGCCCGCUAACAACGCCGCUGUUAGCCCCACAUCGCCGCCGCACAACGGUCUGUCGAAGCGGCCCUGGGGCCUGAAGCUGAGGCGCGGGGCCAGCGGCGGGGAGCCCAGCGCGGACGGGGUCGUGACGGAGCUGCGGCCGCCCGAGCUGUUGGAGCUGAUGGCCGACGUCGUGGUCGCGCCGGGCACGGCCGCCACGCUGGCGUGCCGUGCGCGCGCGCCGCGAUCUACCGCCACCUGGCGGAAAACUGCGCCGGAAACUCGAGCUUUGCGCCACGGAGGCCGCUUCGCCAUCAAGAUGAGCCCAGAAGGCCUCGCCACGUUGACAAUCAACGCGUGUCGCGCGUCUGACGCCGGUGUUUACUGUUGCCUGAUCAGUAACGAAUUGGGCGGCGUUCAGAGCUCUGCCCGCAUAACCGUGGGGUCGGGCGGCACUCCUGGAGUUCCAGCCGUUCGCGCACAUCCUGGAGGCGGAUUAGUCGUGCAAUGGGAUGAGCCGUCGCCGGCGCACCUCGAAUACUGUCGUGUCGGGGAAGGAGAAUGGCGGCGCGCUACAGAAACUCCAGCCGCAGCAAACACCUUAGCUUUGGAAGAGUUGCCAGCCGGGCAGUAUAGCUUCAGGCUGAUCUGCAGCCGGUCAGGCGCGGCGGGCGCGGCCUCCGGGCCGGCGGCGUGCGGCGGCGGCGGCGGCUGGCAGCGGGAGCAGUUCGCCAGGCGCUACAGCGUCGAGGAAGAGAUCGGGAGGGGUCGCACGGCGCGUGUGCUCGCUGCCAGGGACACCGGCACCGGACAGAGGGUCGCACUCAAACAGGUUUUCGCUGGCCGCGGUGCGUGCGCACAACGCGAAUACCGCAUCCUCUCACAGUCCGCGCACGGCGCCGUCGUUCGAGCACUGGCGAUCUUUGCCGAAGUCCCACGCACAGGCGCACACACUUUAGUGCUGGAGCUGGUGGGGGGAGGGCCGUUAUUGGAGUGGGCUGCGGCCAAUCCGGCGCAGUACACGCAGAAGCUUGUGGCCAAUCAGACCAAGCAGUUAUUAUCGGCAUUGGAUUGGCUGCAUAGCAACCACAUCGCUCAUCUUGAUGUUAGGCCUGAAAAUAUCCUAGUGGAGCUCGGCGGCGCUCAGCCACAGCUGAAGCUGGUGGACCUGGGGUCGGCGGCAGAGACGGAAAGCGGCGCGGGGCAGGGGCGUGAGGUGCUGCCCCCCGCGCCCGCGCAGCUCGAGUUCGCGCCGCCCGAGUGCGUGCUCGGCCGGCCCCCCUCCCCCGCCUGGGACGCCUGGGCCGCCGGCGUCUUCUUGUAUGUCUUCUUGACUGGGCUUUCGCCUUUUCUGGACGAGUCUGUCGAAGAGACGACGGCGAACAUCAUCAAGUGCGACUACUGCUUCCCUCCCGAGCACUGGGAGGGGGCGCACGGCGCGGGCGAGCGGCCCCAGGCCCUCAUCAGGGGCCUGCUGGAGGCCACGCCUUCCAGGAGACUCCAACCUCGAAUGGCGUUAUCUGACUCUUGGUUCGACGAAGCCCCCCCGGCUCCCCUCUCCGCCUCUCAGCUCAAAACCUUCCUAGACCGUCGACGGCCAGCCGGACACGGCGCCCAGAGAUCUCCUGACGACACCUGAAUUUGAUCAGCUGACCAAAUCUGACCGGACUAUGUCACACCGCGGCGCGCGCGGUUUACAGUAUAUUUAACACACGCGGAUUUUUUUUUUAAUUUUUCAGACCAAUCACAUCUUAAUGGUUAGUGAAUUGUGAUCCGCUGAAAGACAAUCUGUUCUACGUAGUUCUUAUUUCUGUAGUCAACGUCCCACCUGUCGUUCGGUAUUCGUGUAGCUUCGUGUUGCGUCUGUCGUCAAGCGAGUGAGCGAGCGAGUGAGCGAGCGAGUGAUUAACAUUUGUAAGAAAACGACGAUGUCCAAAUGUGGGCACAGAUUUACCAAAAAUUUUUCUAAAUUUAUUCAUAGAUAUAGUACACUUUAUAUGGAUUAAUGGUAACUUGCGCACGAGGUUCUGCACAAAUUCGUCGCUUUAAAAAACAAUAUAGGACAAAACUUCAAACGUGACUUAUCAGUCUUUCUAUAUUGGUCGUUAAAUUUGCCUCACGAAAUGAAAGGAAAUUUUUAAAAAUGCUUUCGAUUAUUUUUGUAUUGCUCAAUGUUGUCAAAAUGUAGAUUGAAGGCAAAAAUAACGCAAAUGUUAGUCAACAACAUGACUCGCGAGCGAGUGAACUUCAAAAGCGAACAAUAGACCUUAAGUCAGAGAAAGAAGGUUUAAAUUUGAACAAGAUAGUUAGCUACUUCUGUGGUUAUAUACCAGACUCACGGGUCCCUAUUCUUAGGCCAUGUAUUUAGGUGUACGAAUGCAAAAUUUAAAUAUUGACGAGAUAAAUUGUGUGAUUUUUUGAGCGGCCGAUUGCGAGGGAAGUGUCUGUGAUUCAUUCUAAAGUAACUUCAUGCUUAUUCCUAAUUUAACGUAUAAUGUAUUGUUAAUCUAUUCAACUGUAUAUAGAAGUAAGUUAGGGCGUAAUGUUAACUUAGGACUGAACGCACUCGUAUCGUAAUGGAAUGUAAUACUGUAAUAUUAUGAGAUUUAAUCUAGUUUACAUGAUUGACCGUAUGACUGACACGGUGAUUCGUAAAGGUAGAGCACACAUACAUACAUGCGAAAUGAUUAUUUUUCUCAACAACUAGAUUAUUGGCAACCGAACGACAUUAAAAGAGGUUCAUUGUUUAAAUUAAUCUUCGCGUCGUGAUAGCGGUACCUCCUAUGUAUUUGAUAUAUAUAAAGACGAGAAUAGGGCGAUGUGUUCAUGUUAAGUUUUUGGGCACUCAAAAUACCGUGAAAGUAAAAAAAGGUCGUAAUAACACUAAACUUGCCCUCUGACUCCUGUUCAGACGGUUUAUCAUAAUACCAAUAGAUCUUUUAACGAUAACACAUGAUAACUACUCUGCCUGUACUCACCGCUGUUCAUUGCGUACGGCCAAACGUACGUAUACGCACGUGUAGUCUACACGUGCGUAUUCGUGUUGCUACCAUGUUAACUAGGGAAUAUUCGUCGGGAGCCGUCGCUUGCGCGCAAACACGCUUGUAACCUGACUUGUCUUAUAUUUACGACGAGAUUUGACAAAAGACUCAAUCGUUAUUUCAACAUCAAUUUAAGCUGUUAGUUUUGUGCACAAUGAAUUGAAUUGGCUAUUCGACUGGGUAAAAAAUGAAAUGUACGAAGGUAUUUAAAUUAGAUGUCACUAUAAUUAAUCAGUUUUAUAUUAGUUAUAUUAAUUAGAAAUGCUUUUGGACUCCAAACUCCGUGACGUCACAUCAAAAUUAGAGAAAAAAAACAUUAGAAAAAGUAUCUUUGUUGGAGAAUAGCCAAUUAAUAUAAUAAUAAUAUAUUAAUGAAAUAGACAAAAAUUUCAUUACUGAUGAUGGUAAUAACCGAACAAUAUGUCGAUGUUAAAUAAAAACAUACCUAGUUAUAAUUAAAAAUUAUUUCAUUAAACAAUGGAUUGUUCAUAUAAUUCGAAUCGAAUGUACUUUAUUUUAUUCAAUAAAUAAUUUUAAUCAAGUUUUAUCCAGUAUAGACGAAUAUUAUUUUAAUCAAAUCCUACAACGGCAUAAUUUUAUUUUAUAAUUAUUUUUUAACUGAAUCACAAACGGAAUUAAGUGCCUGGGCGCAAGUUACAGCGUGUUAAUGUCAUAGAUUAAUAAAUAACUAGUAUAACACAGUUUGUGUCUGGUUAAACAGCAGUGCGUUCUUAAAUCAUUAUAUUUAAAAAUGAAUCUACUUUUCACACACGAAUUCAUAGAAAAAAAACUGUGGAUGUAAGUGGUAAAUAUUUUGUACCGUGGCGUAAAAUAAUGACCACAAAAAAGUAUGUGAAUAAUAAAUUGUGGAAUUUUCGAUGGAAUUAUCCUUUUAUCUAUGCCACUGCGGAACAUUCAUACCAAUGCAAAUUUUGGAUCAAAAUAUAGUGAUUGUUGGUAAUCGACCCUUUGUAAAGUUAUUAACUGCUUUUAUAGUGUCUACGCAUCACAAAAGAAGUUCCCUAGAUGUGGCGCUACUGUCGUUGAAAACAACAACAUGGCUUAUAUUUUAUUGCCAAUUCCUCAUAUUGCCAUGGGACUCCUUUCGUGGUACGGUCUCCAACAACAAACUAAAGACCAUUGAAUGUGCCCGCAAUUUUUUAAUCUAUGGCAGUUUGUGUCCGUCCUGCAACAUGCGGCCCGUCGCGGCGAACCGCUUCGCAGCUUGCCAUCUGGCGUCCACUGUACGACGAUAUCUACGAUUCAAUAUAUCAUUUUGUGAA